AGUCUUUUUAGGAGGAAGAGACGAAGGGGGACUCCACUUUAUCGUCAAGACUUGCCGCCUGUGUGAACGCCGAGUGGGGGGAUGUCAUGCAGGCGCGGAGGUGCGGUCCGCGUUUAAGGCGGGAUGAGCUUGGUGGUCACGCCUGGGAACAGGAUAAUGAAAGAACACGGUGGUGAAUUGGGCAAUUCUGGGAGGAUUUCGACUGCCGAAGGGGCAAUUGGAGACGGCGAGGGACGCGAUUCGAUGCGAAAGCCGGUGGAGGAGGCAAACGGCCUAAUAAAAGAAAGAGUGGGCGUUUUGCGAAUCAUGAGUAGAAUUGGGAUGUGAGAGGCGGGACUGGCCAAUUCUGGAAGCGCCCGUACGGAUUACACG